CAAAGGACUCUCAAGUUCAGCUUAUGGCCACACCAUAUAUGUAAAAUUGACCAGUCUGGUAUCUCCAGAUAUUCUAAUAUAAAGACUAAACAAAGAGACUUAGGUAAUAUUAAGAUAUUCUAAUGCAAAGGCUUAGGUAAAUAGACUUCAUCAAGUACAUGUAUAUAUAUACUCCAUCCAUCAGUUCACAUUAAAGACAGAAAGCAAAGGACUCACAGGAUUAUCAUUGGUAGAUCUUGGAUAAAACACCAAAUCAAAAGGAAUGGAACCGACCUUGUAUAGUGCCGCGAUGAGAGGCAAUAUCGGAGAUGGCGAUUUUAUACUUGUUGAUCAUUUGAAAAGGGAUGAAGAAAACGGCUACCAAGUCACUCCGAAGGGCAACACGGUCGUCCAUGUUGCAGCCCUCUAUGGCCACUCCCAUUUCGCGGCAGAAGUCCUUAAGAUUACGCCGGCAUUGUUACGCUGUCAAAACAAGAAAAAUGAAACCGCUCUUCACAUAGCAGCUAACGAAGGGCAUACUGAAGUUGUCCGUGUGCUACUUGCAUGUGUCGAAGAUCAUAAUACUAAGGAGAAACUCACGACGAUGACGGAUGCUAGUGGAGAUACAGCGCUGCACAAGGCCGUGAGGAGCCAACAUCUAGAUGUGGUUAAGCUCUUGGUGAAAGAAGAUCCUGAAUUUGAAUUUCCGCCUAACCAUGCGCAGGAGACGCCACUGUAUCUGGCGGCUGAAUCUGGUUUUCAUGAUGCUUUGAUUGUCAUCUUGGAAUCCUGCAAGAAACCAACUUACGCUGCAGGUCCAUCUAAUAGAACGCCGCUGCAUGCAGCAGUAAUUCAGGAACAUAAAGAUUGCAUUAGAUCACUCUGGCGAUGGAAUAAGCCUUUAUGCGAGGAGCUUGACUUAUGGGGUUGGAAUUCACUACACUAUGCUGUCAAAUUAGGACUGAUAGACGUAGUGUCUUAUAUGCUGAGGUGGAAAAAAUCCUUAGUGUACCUUCCGGCAGGCAGUGAAAAUGACUGGACGACAGCAAUUCACAUUGCAGCCAGUGAAGGUGACGUAAACAUGAUAAAUGAGCUAUUAAAUCACUCCCCUGAUUGUCGAGAUUUGCUUAACAGCAACAAUCAAAAUACUCUUCAUGUUGCCGUACUGAACAAUCAAGACGAGGUAGUCCGCUUCUUAUUAGAUUCUGAUAAGUGCGACAGCCUUGUUGAUGAGCCAGAUAGCGACGGCAACACUCCUCUCCAUUUGCUUGCUGCCUCUGGUAACCAUGUGCCUGAAUUAAUAAACCAUCCUAGAGCAAAGAAGAUGUCAUUUAACAAAGAAAACCAGACUCCACUUGAUAUUGCAUUGUCAUGCAAAGUGGCAACAAAGAAGGAGAAAUUGAUGGAGGAUUUGUGUAGCAUUGGCCGAUUUGGAAAACGUGACAAUGAGGUAAAGCAGAAGUACGAGUACAUACCCAAUCCAAAUGAUGAAACGGGAACAGGAGUCAAAAUGCAACUGAGGGAAGAUGAUCAUGAUAAAGCUAAAAAGGCAGAUCAAGAGGAAGUCGAAAGUAUCAUGAAGUCACAACAGUCAAAAUGCUCUUCAUGUUUCCGUAUUGAACAAUCAAGACGAGGUAGUUCGCUUCUUAUUAGACUCUGA